AAGAUUAGAACCAGAAACAUUUUUUAGUCCUUCCAAUGAAUCACAACAAAAUGGUCAAUCAUCAAAUAUACCAAAGAUAACUUCUAUAAAAACAGUAUCUGACCAAAAAUUUAUUGUUUUUGAAUCUAAUCUAGAUAGUUGUUAUUGUAAUAAACGACAUAUUAAAUUAUUGAAUCACCAAAAAAAAAUUGAUUACCAACACCCAACAUUUUUAACAAAUGGUGAUCUAUUUGUAAUUUCAUAUGAGAAUGAUCAAAUUUAUUUAUUUUCAUUGAAUUCAAAUGAAAAAAUCAGUGAAUUAACAUGUAAAACAACAUACAGCAUAAUUUUACCAAAACUAACAGCUUUUGAUCAUAAUAAUAAUGUUGCAAAAUAUUUUGUCAUUGCAAAUUCAAAUUUAUUGAUCAACAACGGUAUCAUGAUGGCUUCACAAUGGGAUUUAACCAAAAUGAGAUUUGAGUUGCAAUAUUUUUCAGAUAUUUCAUUACCAAAUAAUUUCUAUAAAUAUAAUGAUAAUCAUGCAAUAUUUAACAAGGAUAAAACCUUAUUAGCAGUUUAUUUAUAUGUAGAAAAACAAUUAAUUAUUUAUUCAACAGCAUAUGGAACCAAGUUAACAACAUACCAUUAUGAUAAAGAAUCAGGUUAUUUGAAAUUAAAACAUUUAGGGGCUAAGUUAGAUGAAUAUGAUUAUUUUGAACAAUGCACCCAUUUCUUAUUAAGGUGUAAAAUAUUAGAAAAUGAUGAUUUAUUAUUAAUCACAAGAUUAGGUAUGAUGAUAUUUUCAGUAAAUCUUAAUGAUAAAAUUUAUUUAAAAUACUUUUGGAAUGAUUGUAUUGAACAAGAGAAAGAACAUUGGAUGAGACAUAAAAGUGACAAUCAAUAUAUUAAAGGUAGAAUUUUAAAAGGGUUUGACAGCUUUAAAACAUCAAAUAAAUUACCUUCACCUAAUUAUAACCAAACUUGUAUUAGUGAUGUUACUUCAGGGCAAUCAUUUUCUGAAGGCUUUGCCAACUUUAAAAAAUUAAAUAGAUUACCUUCACUUAACUAUAAUUAUAUCUUUGAUAAUUAUAACCAAUCUUAUGCUGGUGGAAAUAACAUUUCAAGGCAUCCAUUCAGAGAUAUGUUAUUAGCAAUAUUAGAAGAUAUUUCUUCAUUUACAAUGUUUGCUGAUGAAAUCUUAAUAUAUGCUUUAGAUAAUCAUAAAGGUUCAAUGGUAGAACUAGUUUGUGAUAAAUGUCUAAAUUUUUUACAACAAAAUCCUGAAAUGAAUCUUGGAUUAUUAACAUUUUUAGUAAACAAAUUACCAAAAUUAAGUAAACAUUAUCCUGGGGUAGUAAAGAGAUUUCUUGAGCAAACAUCAAUGUUAUUGGAUCCUUCUUGUGAAAAAAUCUUUAUAUCAGAUUUGCCAAAUAAAAAUAAAGACAAAUAUGAACAUCCUCCUAUAAUCUCAGACAAAUUACGUGAAUUAGUAGGAAUUCCUGUACAAAAAUUUAAAAAGGAUUUGUCAAAACAAUAUGAAGAAAUCAAGAAUGAUUUUAAAA